GCCGGAUUCCAGGGUCAGCCUCUCACCGGUAGCUCCGGUCUGUACGCUGGAGCUCGACGGACUUUCCGUCUGGAGGGACGUUUUAAAGGAGAAUAAGGAAGAGGCAAACCGACGUAGAAAAGUGACUCGUCAGCGCAACUUUCAAACUGACUCACCGACAAUUUCAACACAUUUAAAGGAGGAUUAAUGACUUAUUGCUUCGUUUCAAGUACGUGUUCCGCUUCGGCGUGACUCACGCAUCCACCGGGACAGCUGCUUGCCUCCGUGUCUGCCGGGCCCCGCGGCGGGAGCUGCUGAACCGGGUCACCGCUGGAAUUGCUCGGCCCCUGCCAGGUAAAAGGCGUGGCGCUGGGCGGGAUGCUUUGUUCCAACUUCACCUGAAUGAGUGUGUGUGUUAGUAACCUGAGAGCUGGGCCGAGCUGGAGGCUGUGUUGAGGAACUGUACUCGCGGUUUAUGUCCCUCACAUGAAAAUAUUGCUGUUUACAACCUCACGGGCCUCGGGAGCGCGGACACGCCAUGAACCCUAAUGACAGAUCGAUCUUUUUGGAGGUUUGACCCUUGGGACCAACGAGUGGAAACUGGGUCACAGUGGUUUCAGUACUUAACUAUUUAUUGACCGGUGGAUAUACCGAGGUCAUGGCGUUGUCUCAGAUCCAGUGUCUGGACGAUCACCACGUCAACUGGCGCGUGAGCGAGAGCAAACCGGAGUUUUUCUACAGUGAGGACCAACGGCUGGCGCUCGAGACUCUCAUCUCCAAGGGCCGCGAUGCAUUCACGGACUACAUCCGCCAGAGUGGCGUGCGGCAGUUCCUCUCGGAACCGGAGCAGGAGCUCAUUGCACACAAAGCGGAAGCCUACCGGCCUGGGCACGAGCAUCACCAGAAGCCGGAGACGCCAGGGCCGGGGAACAUCACCCCCGGGUCCGAGGCAGACGGGGGAGAUGGCGAUGUGUCGCUCCAGUACUGGCCAGACCGGUCUGAGGCCUCAGUGGCGGAGCUGGAUCUCGGCUGGCCCGAGGCGAUUUCGUACCGAGGGGUCACGCGCGUGACCGUGUACACCCAACCUCCAACCGAUGGUCAGACGCACAUCAAAGAGGUGGUGCGCAAGAGCAUUGCAUCAGCCCAGAAGGUGAUAGCCGUGGUGAUGGAUUCGUUUACAGACGUGGAUAUUUUUCGAGACCUGCUGGACGCGGGCUACAAACGCAGAGUUCCUGUGUACAUAAUGAUCGACAUGGCUGCAGUCCCCUGCUUUCUUUCCAUGUGUGGCAGAGCUGAUAUGCACCGUGGACACCUAAAGAAUCUGCGUGUGCGCUGCUGUGGAGGCGUGGAGUUCUUCACACGGUCUGCACAGAAAAUGCGUGGAUCACUGAGCCAGAAGUUCCUCCUUGUAGAUGGAGACAGAGCCAUCUCUGGCUCAUACAGCUUCACCUGGUCCUCAUCUCGUUUGGACCGUAACCUCAUCACUGUGAUCACAGGACAGGCCGUGGAGACCUUCGACCUGCAGUUUCGUGAGCUUUACCUCUUGUCCAGAAGUGUGUCUCUUAACAAGGUUCCCAUGGUAGAUGAACCAAUCCCUGACCCGAUCCCUCAGGCAGCUCCUGCUCCGCUGUCAGCUGCUGUAGCCAGGAAGCUCAUCAAUCCCAAAUAUGCACUUGUUGCCACAGGAACUCACCCAAGUCCCUCUUCUUCUGACCAAAAUUCCAGCAACAAAAACUCCCAGAAUCCCGGUGGGCUAAAAAUGAUGAAAGGACGUCUCAAGCAUGUUACUGAAGAGCCACCCAUACAUCCAGGAUUAGCUGAUCUGGAGAAAGCAUACCUGAUCCCGUACCUGCCCACCUGGCCAGAGCCAGACCCACCAAGCGACGUGAUUGGCUUUAUCAACAUCAGGGAUGAAAAGCGAGCCAAUCAGGUUCACUUACAGAGGUCAGAGAGAUUUGAGGUCAGCCAGGCUAUACGCUUCAGUUCUCCACUGAUGCUACCACCAACUGAGGAACCUGCUUUAGGUCGAGGUGCAAACAUUGCAGGGGCAACAGAAAAUCCUUCUGGGAGUGCAAGUAAAGACACCUCUACUCCUGUUAGUCCCACCAAUAAACAGCUCACACAGCAAACACACAGAGCUCAGAACAAUGAUCAAACUGAUGCAACAGAUUCCAGAGGCCCCCCUCAACAGCCAAACACACCUUUAACACAAGACACAAACAAAGGAAAUGCACACACCCCUGCAUCACCAUCCAGUGUUACUGCUGAUUCACAGCCAACAGACAAUGUGAAGCAAACUCCAAAAACUCCACAAACACCUCCUGUUCCUAAACGCCGCACACUGCAGUUAGUCAUAGAGCCCACCUCCUCAGAGCAGCCUGGCCAACCACAGGUCAGUCUGAUGAAAAUGGACCAAUUGGAAAGCCCAGAUGGCUUUGGAGAAACGAGAACCCAGGAAGAGCUGACGCCAGGUCGUGGUUACAUAGCAUCAAAGGAUGAUGACAGGGAUUCAGGCAGUAACGGUGACGGCAGCCAGGACAGCACCAAGGUCAUAUGUGACCAAGCAGCCAAUGAUGAUCCGUCGAGCACUUCCACGGUAUCAGAAGAGGAGUUUUUUGACUGUUCCCAGCCAGAGCCAAGAGAUCCGCUGACCAACGGAGUGACAACAGGGUCAGGCCGUGGGCAUCGCCAAGGAGAUGCGGUCAACAUGAUGGCCCGCCUCUCCCAGAGCAUGCUGGAUCUGCGGGAGCCCAGCCAGUCAGAGGACAGCGCUGCCCUCAUCCGCCAAUCACAGCAGCUCCGCAGACAAGGAAACCCCUCACCACAUAGGCACAUAGGACAGUUGUUCCAGACCUCGAGAUCUCCAGGUCGUGAUACGCGACCAAGAGGAGCUAAAGUAGUCAUUGCCAAACCAGGAAGUUUUCACCGCCCUACCCGAGCAGCUGGCCCCGUGAUUGGAGGACACCGUUACUGGCAGGGUCAGAUGCUGCAGCCUGACUCGGCUCAGCUGGGCGUACAGACGCGCUCCGGUCGGUCGCCACGGCGCCACAGCCCGAGUUACAGGAAGGUGGAUCACAGCUCACCACAGCCGCCAGGCAACCCAUCGGGGUUACUCGGAGUAUCUUUCUCAAAACUGAGCAAUUUAAGACACUUGAGGGCACGAGGUGGAGCUUCGCAGAAGAAAGUCGCUCAAAACAACAAGGCUGCUAGGUAGAACUGUGAGCCAGUGCAGGUACGCGUGGAUUGUUGAUACUGUCUUCCUGCUAAGAAUGUGGUGACUCCUCAGUGUGGAAUCUUCUCUAUCUAUAGCAUGCAUGUCUGCCCUGUUUUCAAACCCUGAGUCUCAAAAUGCAGGGACUAUUUAAUUGGGAUUUUUGACUAUGUCAACAGGAGUUGGCAGUUUGAUUUGAUGAUAUGUCUAAGAGGUAUUGUCUAUAAAUUAAUCUCAUCACCUCUGAAUCCACUGCUUCCUUGUUAAAGGUGCUUGAUUGGAUGGUUUCAGUAGUGUUUGGUGGAAAAUAAACUGAUGGAUAAUCAGAUGAUAUUUGUAUGCAUACAAACAUGUAUAAAGACACAUUUUUUAGCAUGGAUCCAUCCAUUUGGUUUAUCAGAGAGCUGUCAUGAGAUUUCUACCAGAGGGAGGGGAUUUUGUAUAUGUUAACCAGUCUUAAGAGACACAGAUGUAACAAAUGUGGUCCACAGCUCACUCAACUGGCACUUCACUUUUGUAAACAAUCUUUUGAACAGAUAUUUCUGAAUUACUUCAACUACUUUUCUUUUUCUGAAUUUUGCACUGUGCAAAAAUGAAGAUCAUGGCCGAUCAGCCGAUUAUGUCUCCCCACUGAUGUAAGAGUCAGGUUUCAUGUUGAUGCCAAUGUGACUGGUUGCUGAUGGUGCUAGGGUAAGGCUACUGUAUUGAUUGUUUUCCCGUAUUUGGCAGAUGUACUGGAUUCCCUGUACAGAUUUAGAGAACUAGUUUAUUAUGCAUAUUUUGAAUACUGACGUGGGACCAAAAGGUAAUGUUGUAAAUAAAAAGGCAGAUUGUUGGAAAUAAUCCACAACCGUUUGAUGAUUGUGUACGUGUACACUGAGGUAUUUUUAAGUAUGGCUACUUUUGCCUCAUAGACUGCAAAAAAAUAUAAUUGUAGCUUUUAGCUUUCUCAAAGUAUUUUUGAAGCCUGGAGUUUGGGUUUGGCAUAAAAUUAUCAUCAGGGCAACAGGGUGUUUUUUUUCCCUUUUGCUGGGAUUUUUGAACACAGCCACACAAGCAGAAACGGGUCUGGUAGGACAAGUAGUAUGAACUGUAACCAAAUAAAUAGUUCAGUGAGAUUCAAAGUUCAUUUUUUAUUCAGGAGACAGAAGUAAAAAAAAAAUCUCACCACAAGAUCUGUUUAGUAGAUCUAUAGUAUUUUAUCAUACUUAUUUAGUUGAGAAAACAAAUUCACAGACACAGAUUAUUACCAAAACUGUGUAUUGGAAGAUUUUUAAACUACAUUUUGUAGUAACUUUUUGUUAAACUCCAUACUAAUCAUAACCAACCAUACUUACUGUACUUGAGCAAGCAUGGAUUUAUCCCAUAUAAACAGAACACUGGAUUCAAGUAAGGUCUGUUGGGCAAGUUGGUGAUAUUGGUUUAUGCCUUUCAACAAUGACGUUGGGUCAAAAACUGCCUAAAAAUAA